CAAACAAAGAAAUAAAUAUUUAUAAUGUUUUAAUGAUUCUUCGUCCUAUAAAUUCAUUUUUUGUCGAUUAUAACAACGCCUACAUCGUUAUUGCAAUUCAGAUUUCGCUUUAUACAGCUCAAAAUGAUCAGUGAAUACGGCUUGAAUUCCAGAGCCUUCGGCCAAUCAAAACAUCAGACACAGAUUGACCUAGAUUGCUGAAUUCCUGUCGAAAUUUUACUCAUAUUUUUAUCACAGAAAAGACCAGAAGAACCGACAAAAUGUUAUAUUUAGAGGAUUAUUUAGAAAUGAUAGAGAAUUUGCCUAUGGAAAUGAGAGAAAGACUUACAGAAAUGAGAGAAAUGGAUUUACAAGUUCAAAAUGCUCUUGAUGAGUUGGAUGAAAGAGUCAAAUCUUUUUUCAAGAAAUGUACACAGCCAAAUGCAAAACAGGAGUGGAAAGAUGAAAAUUUUGAAAAAAUUAAAAAGGACUAUUACAAAUCUUUAGAAGAUGCAGAUGAAAAAGUCCAUUUAGCAACUCAUAUAUAUGAUUUAGUUGACAGACAUUUAAGAAAAUUAGAUCAAGAAUUAUCAAAAUUUAAAAUGGAACUUGAAGCUGAUAAUGCUGGAAUUACAGAAGUUUUAGAAAAAAGGUCACUAGAGUUAGAUAAACCUCCAUCUAUCAAUAAUCAUAGAACAGAAAAGAGAAGAAUUCUGCAUUCUCAGCCUGUAAUGAACAAUCACUCGUCAGAAAAAAGAAUAGCAACAGAAAAAGUUUUGUCAUCUUUGGCCCAUGAGGCUGCAUUGGAGGCAAUAGGUCAAUCACGUAAAUCACAAUCCAACUCUAAUUCCCCAGCAUUAUCAAUGUUCAACUCAACAUCAGUACCAUCAUUAACUUACAGUCUAGGUCAUGUAGGAGCAGGGAGUAAUGCUGCCAUUGCAGCAGCAGCAUCACAGGCAAUAGCAGCAACACAACAGUCUCUAUCUUCACAGGAUUUCAUCUCAAGUGGUAUUACUAUUGAAACUAAAACUAAUACUAGGCGUGCAGAACAGAGCAAUAGAAUCAAGCUACAACAUGGCCGUCGCACUCCAAGUAUGAAAGCUAGUUUAAUGGCCAUGUCAGAAUUAAGUAAAGAACUAACUAUACCUAAAGAUGUUUAUAGUUCAGCACCCUCAACUCCUACAGCAAGUCAUGAACCCAAAAUAUCCAGAUCAAAAAAACAAACUACCAAGGCAGCUCAACUCACUCAGUCACAACAACAGUCCUCCUCUCCCGCCAUUGUCUCUGUGGCACAGUCAUUACUGGCACAGAAACAACCUCUCACACCACAAACACCUGUCACUCCUGCUGAAGCAUCACCUCUUAUACGGGAGGAUGCUAACUCAGAUUUACAGAUUGUUGAUGAACAUGGGCAGCCAAUAGACUGGCAGAAUGAUCCAAACGAACCAAGAUAUUGUGUAUGUAACCAGGUGUCUUAUGGUGAUAUGGUUGGCUGUGAUAAUGAUGAUUGUCCUAUAGAAUGGUUCCAUUAUGGUUGUGUUGGUCUUACUCAGGCACCUAAAGGAAAAUGGUACUGUCCUCAAUGUACAGCGGCAAUGAAAAGACGUGGUCGAAAAUAACAGUAGAUCUGUUGUGUUGUGCAUGUGUUGCUUAUGAAUUUAUAAAGAGUAAUGGUCUGUUUUUUUCACAGACUUGUGUGAAUGGGACUUUGUUGUAAUACAGUUGUUUUAUAAACGUACCUCAGUCUGUAUAAGUAAACUGUCACUUUAUAACUUUCUAGUCUUAAUAUAAAUAUUCUAUCCAUCUCACAAAUAUGCCUUUUGAGCAUGAUAUUUCUGUUCGCUAAAGGCUAUUGCUAGUUUUUAAUUUUAUCAGAUUGUAAAUGAUAAUUUUGAUCAAAACUAAGAAAAGGUUCAUUUUUUUUCCAAUUAAAAGUUAUGCUCUCAAUUCAAAAUAGUGCUAUAUUUGAAAUGAUUUCUGAAUUUUAUGGUUUUUGCAAUUAAAAGUCCAUAGUAAUGCUUCCUUUCAUACCCCUUCUUUCAUUAUUUUACUUUUAGAUUAGUGUUGGUCCCUAAGUUUAUGAUAAUUUGUAGUAAUCGUUCAAUUUCAUACACAUUCUGUUGAUUUGUAUUUUCCUCCCCACUGAUAAAAAAUGAUAUGGAAGAAUCUACAGUUGGAGGAUUCAAGGCAAUGUGAUGCUUAUUACUGAAUGGACAAGUACUUAAAGUUUUAGUCUUAUAGACAUAUUAAAUCUAUUGUCAACACUUGAAAGAAAGGAAUGCUACAAUUUUCUGAUGGUUUUCAGUAAAAAGUAGGAGUGAAAAGCAACAAACUAUUAUAAUAACUCUCUCCUUCAAUUAAUGGUGCACUUGCAUCCAACCUUAUAAUUGACAAAAUUGUCAGAUUUCCUAGCAGGUUGUGUUUCUCUCUAUUCACUAUGGCUUCUUCCAAUUUUAAAAAUGACCUCCACAAAAUAGCACAAUGUUAAAAGUGACGUUGAACACCAAUCAAUCAACCAAAUCUUAUAAGAUAUAUAUAUUGUUUCCAUUCAAACUACUUGGACCCUACAAAAAAAUAUAUAAUAUCUAUACAAUACAUCAAAGAAAAUUACAGAAAGGUAGAAAAAUUGUAAAAAAAGAUAUUUUUUAAAUGUUUAGUUUUUUUAUAUCUGUAUGUGUGCACAGCUUGUGGAUGAGUGAAUAAAUUAUAUAUACUGAUGCAACUAUUGUAAUAUAUAAAUGAAUGUGUGAUAUUGUUAUCAAUACAAAAGUGCUCAAAGA